CACUUCACAUUUGCAAUUAGAACAGUUUUCAUCCUCAAAUCAACACAUAUUGAUGGCUUCAUUUCAUGCUUCUUCCUUAUUCUUUCCCAAAAUAUAAAGGUUCAUUUUUUUUAGACACAGAGAAAUGAUGGGCCACAGUAGUCUAUCUGGGGCUCGCUUGGCUACCUUUCCAUGGAGCUCUCUUGCUCAUCCCACCCUCAAUUUCUUCUUUCCCCCACGGUUUCAUUCAAGGAAGAAAAAGCCAUCUUCGUAUGGUUCUCUGGUCUCAUCUUUUGCGGUUUCUGCAUCGGCUAAGGAACUCAGGAGAACGAAGGAGAAACGAAAAAUUUGCAGCUCUCCUGCAAAAUUUACAUUUCAGCGUCAACACAAGCCAAGGAAGAAAUGUGACACAUUGUUAGACCAUGAAGUUGGAGAUGCUCCGUCGCUUAGUUUCACGAAGAUUCUACUGUCUUCUGGACUCUUCACCUUCCUAACCGCUCAACAAGCGCUUGCAGGUCCAGACGUUGCCAGCAGCCUGCAAUCGCUUCCAUUUUUAGGGGAUGCUGGCGAUUUAAGCACAGGUUUUGCUUCAGCCUUCUUGCUGAUAUUUUUUUCAGAACUCGGGGAUAAAACCUUCUUCAUCGCAGCACUUCUAGCAGCUAGAAACUCUGCUGCUGUCACAUUCAUUGGGACUUUUGGUGCACUCGCAGUUAUGACAGUUAUAUCGGUUGUUCUUGGACGAACUUUUCAUUAUGUCGAUGACAUCCUCCCGUUCAGGCUUGGAAAUGCUGAUUUGCCUCUUGAUGAUCUUGCUGCAGUUUGCUUGCUGGUAUAUUUUGGUGUUUCAUCCUUGCUUGAUGCUGCAUCUGGUGAUGGCCUCAAAGCAGAAGAAGAACAAAAAGAGGCAGAACUGGCUGUUUCCGAAGUCUCAGGGUCGGGCGCAGGCAUACUUUCCGCUGCCAACACGGUCCUGAGCACAUUCGUGCUCGUAUUUGUAGCUGAAUGGGGGGACAAAUCUUUUUUCUCCACAAUAGCACUUGCUGCGGCUUCAUCGCCCCUAGGAGUCAUUGCAGGGGCACUUGCUGGUCAUGGAGUGGCAACACUGCUUGCUGUUCUAGGGGGGUCGUUCUUGGGAACGUUCCUCUCCGAGAAGACUAUUUCAUAUAUUGGCGGCACUCUCUUCCUCGUCUUCGCAGUAGUGACUUUAGUUGAGAUCGUGAGCUAGGAUUAGACCGUCGCAGCUUUCUUUCGAAAAAUCUUUAGCAACAUUCUAAGCAUCUGAGUUUGAUUUACAAAGCCUUUAUUUUGAUCUAA